AAAGCUCUUCUGCUAUGUUUCUUUUAUUUCCAUAUGAGAUUUUGUUUACAUCAUAGCUGUUAGCGGAACAUUUUAUGAGAAUUUAUUAUUCGAAUUAACCGGAAUGCUACAGACAUUCAAUUUGCAGAGACGUUUGGCAUCGGUCGUGCCUACAUGGGUAACCACUGCAAGGUUUUACUCGACCGACACUCCCACAGUUGCAAACAGUUCCAGUAGCAUUGCAUUAAAUACGGUACCAGAUAAAUUGUACAGCCGAGUCGAACUAGAAAUGAAAGGGAUCGAUCCGGAAGUGAUGAAAAGCUAUGCUUAUUUUGCUCAAACUGCUGCCGGGCAUUUGAACAUUGAAGUCGGAAAACACUGGGCUCUGCGAAAGGCUAUCAAGGAUCGUUUAACACUACUGAAAUCAGUUCACAUCCACAAAAAGCAUCGAGUACAAUAUGAAAUUCGAAACUAUUAUCGAUUUAUGCACUUCCAUAAACUGACCGGUUCAACUUUAGACACAUUUUUGGAAUACAUUGAGCGAAAUUUACCCGAAGGAGUAGCCCUAAAAGUUACCAAAGUAGAAAUACAACAAAUACCAGAGCAUUUGAGAUCAGCAGAAAUGUAAACAAUUUAUAUUGUUAUAGUAAUAAAAAUUUUAUAAUGAUAUAAAA